AUGUUCAAUCUUGUGACAAGAGGGCAGGCGGUGGCCAAUCAGGCACUCACCUCGUCUGUUUUCAUCAUAGUGACCAUAGUAGCAAUUACCUUAGCUAGACUAUACCAGGAUAAUGUAUGGUCAAUAGAUACCACGUCAAUCGGUGCUAUCAGCCCUUCUGCUUCCAUCAAAUACUCUUUCAAUUACGGUUCUACAAAUAGACAACCCAAAGAGAAUGCUAAAAUCCAAUUCGAUCUCGAUGCAGACCUUACUUCUUUGUUCAACUGGAACACCAAGCAAGUAUUUGUCUACGUAACAGCCGAAUACCCAGGAAAAUCUGAUGGCUCAUCCAACAGAGUCACUUUCUGGGACAAGAUCAUUGUGUCCAAGGAAGACGCCAAGUUGCACUUGGUUAACCAAAGAUCUAAGUAUUCCGUCUGGGAUGUAGAAAAGUCGUUCAGAGGCAGAGAGGCUGUGGUUAGACUCGAAUGGAACAUCCAGCCACACAUCGGACCUUUGAUUUUCGGUGAAACAGAAGCAACGGCGACUUUUAAUUUUGCUGAAAUCGAAAAGAAGAAAAAGAAGAAGGAGCAGAAAGUAGAAAAAGUGGAACCUGUUGUAGAAGAGAUUAAGGAGGAGGUAAAGGAAGAAGUUAAAGAAGAACCGAUUCCAGAACCUGUUCAACAAGCUCAACAAGCUCAAGAAGUUGAGGAAGAACCAGUUCAAGAACCAUUAGAUGAAGUACCUAUUCAAUAG